GGUUAAAUUCAGCCGGGUUUAUGUUUGUGUGAACAAGAUGUGUGCCCAUUUUGUGUACUGCUUUGUUAGGUUUAGCGGCUAACUUAGCAUCCAACAAGUCAAAAGUUAAAGUUCCGACCACCAUCAAAAGUAUCAAGAAGUGACAUUUGCUCGCACUAGCAGCGUUAGUUAGCUAGAUUACCGUCUUAUUUUGUGUUGAAAGUCACUGCUGUUUCAUAUUAACAACCGGUUAGAGCCUAUAUUAAUAUGUGUAAUGUUACAAUGUGAGAAACGGAAACAUCCACGACUUAACGUUAUUUACAGUCCACAACGCAUCGUUUGAUGUCAGGUGUUUAAAGAUUGUCUACGCAACCCCUUUGGGCCACGGUAACUUCAAAGCUGUCACACUCAUGGCACCUCCCAGUUGACAGAAUGGCCCAAAUAUCAAGUGGUAAUGGGUUCAAGCUGGACGUCCCCCAGCCAAAGGGGGUUGUGGGCAAAGAGGAAGCUCUCCGCAUGGAGGAAGAGGCUUUAGCAAGAUUGCAAAGGGAGAAGAGACACACCCUUUCAGCUUCAACAUCCUCAUCUUCAUCUGCUCCAUCUUCAUCCUUGUUGAAACCAAAACCAACUAAAUCCACCACUACUGCUCCUCAACCUUUACCCUCUACUAAUAGACCAGAGAAGGACCUCAUUGUCUUCCCAGAGACCAAGAAGCAGGCAGAGCAGGACAAGUUCAGGGAUAUUGAUGUGGACAAGCUGACCAAUGAGGAACUUGAAAAGCUCCUACUGGAUGAAAACUUUGGGUCUAACAGCAAAGUGUCCCGCCCUUCGUCACUACUGGGGUUCAACCUCAGUGCCUCCUACCCUGGCCAUCCCUGCAGCUCCUCUCCUUUCCAGAGCAGCCAGUGGGCUCCUGUUCUGUCCACCCCAUCUACUUCCAAUGUGUCUACUCCCACCCAUCAGCCUACCCCUAUGUUCCCCUCUGCUCCAUUCCCCAAACCAGGCACAUUUCAGAAUGGCUUCACUCCAACCAUAUCGCCCUUCAUGGCCAUGUCGGCACCGCCUUCAUCCUUUAUGGCAUUCACUCCCAUCCAGACUGCUGCUGCCAUGGUAUUCUCACAGCCAGCCGUGGACCCUGAGAUGGCCAAACUAUUUGACAAGAUUGCCAGCACCUCAGAAUACUUGAAGAAUGGCAAAUCGGCCAGCACUGACCUAGAUUCCUCUCAAGCGAGCACAGCUUCUCUGGCACCCAACCCACCACCCCAGCAGCCAGCAGCGGCGGAACCUACUAGCAUUAGCCGCAUUGACUGGCUGGAUCUGGACCCUCUUACAAAGCGUAAAGCUGAGAAUGAGGAAGCAUCCCUGGCAUCAGGAGGCACUGCAGAGACAGUACCAGGAGUUCCUGCAGGGGAUCCUUGGGAUGCAGUGCUUGAGACUGAAGGGAACACGAGUAACAGCAGCCCGCCACUGGAGGCGAAAGCAUCACUGUCAGUUCGCUCACAGCACAGGAGAGCAUCAACAGGAGCGGCUGUCACUAGGAGUCACUCGCUCAACAUCCCAGGGACCUCCACCCAGCACAAACCAAACAAUCAGGACAAGGGAAAAGGAAAAGGUUUGGUGAAGAAUGCCGCCCUGGAAGAACAGGAUGCUCAAAACCUGGAGGUUGUUGCCUUCUGUGAAGACGUAGAAACUCUGCGCUCCAAAUUCCCUCAUGGCGACAUGUCCACCAACCCCGGCUACAUCCUCAGUCCUGUCAUCACCCAGAGAGACAGUGGAGGUGACAAUAGCUGCUCUGUCAAGGUUUCUAUUGAAAUCUCAGAAUCUCAGCAGCCUGUAACUUUCACCUGUGACGUGAGUUCUCCGGUGGAGUUGUUAAUCAGUCAGACUCUCUGCUGGGUCCACGAUGACCUGGACCAGGUCGAUUUCUCCAGCUACCUGCUCAAAGUCUGUGGCAAGGAGGAGGUACUGCAGAAUAAACACAGCCUAGGCAGCCAUGAGUAUGUCCAGAACUGCAGGAAGUGGGAGAAUGAGAUCACAUUACAACUACUCUCUCACUCCACCAUGAGAAGAGACCUGGCACGCACUGCGGAAGAUGACAAUUCUCCUAUUGAUUUAGAGAAGCAUCUGGGCCAAGUGGACAGGCCAUUCAAGGAGAAUAUCACCAGACAAGGCCUGGUCGACUAUUUAGAAGGCUAUCACAAUCAAAUCAACAUCUGCCUACAAAAUGAGAGUACCCAGUACAAGACAGUGGACCGGGUGGUGCAGACUUUGAAGAACCUGUGCUGUGCUCUGGAUGAGGUGGAAACCCAAACCAUUACAGAGGCUGUCAAAAGGCUGCGACACUCCAUCAAUUUACCCAGAACACGCUCACCCAUGAUGGGAUGCUCAUCGUCUGGUCAAUCAUCAAAUAGUCAUACUAGUCCUGUGGAGGAGAGCAUGGCCUUGCUGACACAGGCUGUCUACGACCUGGCAAAGCUCUACUUGCGUUCCUUCUGCACCCCAUCCACCUCCUUCAGAUCACCUCCGUUACCCCAGGCUGCAGACGGGGACAGCGAAGGGGGGAAGAGCAGUAAAGAAGCUUCUGGCACCACUGACCACCUUCAGUUCACUCUGUUUGCCUUGCACGGCAUCCCGGCCAACUGGGUCAGCAGUUAUGAGAAAUAUUUCCUGAUGUGUUCCCUCACCCACAACGGCAAGAACCUGUUCAAACCAGUCCAGUCCAAGAGAGUGGGCACAUACAAAAGCUUCUUCUACCACAUCAAAUGGGACGAACUGAUCAACUUCCCCAUAGCAGUAGCUGUCCUCCCACUGGAGUCCAUACUGAGCCUGACUCUGUUCGGGGUGCUGAACCAGAACGCCAGUGGCUCCCCAGACUCAAACAAACAGAGGAAAGCUCCAGAGCAGCUGGGCAAAGUCUCUAUGCCGCUCUUUGACUUCAGACGAGUGCUUGCCCGGGGCAGCAGGUUGUUGUGUUUGUGGACAUCUCCCCAGGGUGCUGCUGCUGCCACUGGCUCCACAGGCAGCCGCAAGAGGGUACCCACAGAGAGAAUAGUACUACAGGAGGAGUUGGACCCUGAUCUGAGACGCAAACUGGAGAAAAUCUGCAGCCGAGCUUCCAAUUUUGGGCUGAAGCGGGCAGAUCACCAGCUACUAUGGGACCAUCGGCUCCACUGUCGGAAGGACCACACCAGCAGCCUCCCCAAGGUGCUGGCCAGUGUGCCCAGCUGGGACUGGGCCAACAUUGCUCACAUCCACUCCCUGCUGCACCACUGGCCCACUCUGCCCCCUGUCACUGCACUGGAGAUGCUAGACUCAAAGUUUGCAGAUACAGAAGUGAGAAGUGUGGCUGUUAGUUGGAUUGACAAGAGCAGUGAUGAUGAGCUAUCUGACUACCUGCCACAGCUAGUACAGGCAUUAAAGUUUGAGUGUCACUUAAAGAGCGCCCUUGUCAUGUUCCUGCUGUCCAGAGCACAAGGCAACAUCAACAUUGCACACUACCUCUACUGGCUGCUGAAAGACGCUGUGCAGGAUCCUGCCUGGGGACGACGCUAUGAGCGGGUGCUGGGAGCCCUGCUGUGUCUGUGCGGAGCCAAGCUGAGGGCAGAGCUGGAGAAACAGACUCACCUGGUCACCCUGCUUGGAGCUGUGGCAGAGAGGGUCAGACAGGCUGGGGGUUCGACUCGACAGGUGGCGCUGCAGGAGGGCCUUGAAAAUGUUCAGAACUUUUUCCAGAGGAACAGCUGCCGACUGCCUCUCAGCCCCAGUUUGGUGGCAAAGGAGCUAAACAUCAAGACCUGCUCCUUCUUCAACUCCAACGCAGUUCCCCUCAAGCUGGCCCUGGUCAACGCCGACCCACUGGGAGAAGAGAUCAAUGUUAUGUUCAAGGUUGGAGAAGACCUCAGGCAGGAUAUGUUGGCCCUUCAGAUGAUCCGCAUUAUGGACCGCAUCUGGCUGCAGGAGGGGCUGGACCUCCGCAUUGUCAACUUCAAAUGCAUCUCCACUGGCAAAGACAAAGGCAUGGUGGAGCUGGUGCCGUCCUCCGACACGCUGAGAAAGAUCCAGGUGGAGUACGGCGUUACCGGAUCCUUUAAGGAUAAACCGCUGGCAGAGUGGCUCCGCAAGUACAAUCCUGCUGAGGAUGAGUAUGAGAAGGCAUCAGAAAACUUCAUCUACUCAUGUGCAGGAUGCUGUGUGGCAACCUACGUACUGGGGAUCUGUGAUCGCCAUAAUGACAAUAUUAUGCUGCGCUCCACUGGUCACAUGUUCCACAUUGACUUUGGCAAGUUCCUGGGCCAUGCCCAGAUGUUUGGCAGCUUCAAAAGGGACAGAGCUCCGUUCGUUCUGACCUCUGACAUGGCGUAUGUCAUCAACGGAGGCGAGCGUCCCACCAGUCGUUUCCAGCUGUUUGUAGACUUGUGUUGCCAGGCCUACAACCUCAUCCGCAAGCACUCCGGGCUUUUCCUCAACCUGUUGUCACUGAUGACGUCCUCAGGCCUCCCAGAGCUGACAGGCUCUCAGGAUCUGAAGUAUGUGUUUGAUGCCCUGCAGCCACACAACACAGACGCUGAGGCAACUAUCUUCUUCACCAGGCUGAUAGAGUCCAGUCUAGGCAGCGUGGCCACCAAGUUCAACUUCUUCAUCCACAACCUUGCCCAGCUACGAUUCUCCGGUUUGCCAGCCAAUGACGAGCCCAUCCUGUCUUUCUCCCCCAAGACUUACACUCUGAAACAGGAGGGCCGCAUAAUACACGCCUCCAUCUAUUCCUUCCAGAAGAGAUACAACCCCGACAAGCACUAUACGUACGUGGUGAGGAUCAUGAGGGAUGGUCAGAAUGAGCCGCAGUUUGUCUUCCGCACUUUUGAUGAGUUUCAGGAGCUUCACAACAAACUCACCAUCCUCUUCCCCCUCUGGAAGCUGCCGGGUUUCCCUAACAAAAUGGUGCUCGGUCGCACUCACAUCAAAGAAGUGGCGGCCAAGAGGAAGCUGGAGCUCAACAACUAUGUCCACAACCUGAUGAGAAGCUCCACAGAGGUCACCCAGUGUGACCUGAUCUACACCUUCUUUCAUCCAAUUGCACGGGAUGAUAAGACCGAAGGUUUAGAUGCCUCGCCGAAAGUGCCAGAGCCUCCAUUGAGUCCCACUUCUGGUCGGGUGGAAGGAGAAGUGAAGCUCUCAAUCUCUUACAGGAACAGCACUCUCUUCAUCAUGGUCAUGCACAUCAGAGAUCUGGUUUCUGAAGAUGGAACCGAUCCUAACCCAUAUGUGAAAACCUACCUGCUUCCAGAUCCACACAAGACUUCCAAACGCAAGACAAAGAUCUCAAGGAAAACCAGGAACCCUACUUUCAAUGAGAUGUUGGUGUACAGUGGCUACAGCAAGGAAACCUUGGGCCUGCGGGAACUUCAACUGAGCGUGCUCAGUGCAGAGUCGCUGCGUGAGAACUACUUUCUGGGCGGCAUCACGCUCAGACUCAAAGACUUUGACCUCAGCAAGGAAACGGUCAAGUGGUACAAACUUACGGCCGUCCCCUACUUCUAACCCCCACCUGCCUCUCCCGAAGCCGGGAACAACUCCACCUCUCCAGACAAAAGCUGCAUUCACAUCAUAUGGGAAAGUCGGCAUAUACGGCCUUACUUGAAAAUACUAGUCACCUGGGUUUUAAGUUCAUAAAAAUAAUGCUUCAGAAUUUGGGGUCUGGAGAUGAACGCUCAUUUUUUUGAAGGAUAAGCAGUGAUAUUUUCCUUUUAAAUCUAUCAAACUAAAUGGACUAUUUCUUGUUGUAAUUUGUGUUCUUAACACGUCAUGGCAGGGUACAGCUGUGCUCGUUGCAGAAAAACAUGGAUCACUAAGUACAUAUGUGUUGAACAACUGAUCAGUAAUGACCUCCUUCUACAGAAUUUCAUCAUUCUUACAGCUUAAAUAAGGUUGAACAGCUCCAAGUCAGUGCUUAUAAUGAUCGUGAUGCUUUGGUGGUUGUUCCCAUAUGACAUGAAUGCAGAUUUAAAGACUCCUUCAGACGCACCCUCAAAGUGUGACCGAACAGGCCAAUUCACAAACCCUCAAAGGGGAGCCUGCUCUCCAUUCUUGACUAUUUUUCUCUUUCCCUCUUUAACUAAUCAAGAUUGUUUCUGUGACAAACAAUCGCCACUUAUUUUGUCUCUCUUUUUCCUAAACUAUAACGAAGAGCUGUAUUGUUUUGUACAUUUUUGAUAUUAGAGGACCAAAACGGCUUACUUCCAGAAGAGUAUAUAUAGAUUGACACAUUUAUUUUUUAAGGAAUAGAAAGGGGGCUCAUUUUUACAUUUUCCUUGUUUAUUUUCUAUAUAGAGAAAUAGGAGGCGUUGGGGUUUCCUGCUUUGCAGCAGACACUUCUGGGUAGAGUAGUCUAACACACCAGAUUCCAGGAAAUCAACAGUGACCUUAUGAUUCCCCAAGAAUGUGCCAAAAGUAAUGAGAAGGACGGCAAAUCAAACCACUCUCCUGAGAAGGGUGCUGAACAGGGUGCCUUUGUUUGUGCUCACAAUCUCUUUAAUUCUCAACUUGGCCUUAUUGCUAUAUAUAUUUUAUUAACAAUCUGAUAAGUCGUUAUUAAAGAAAAAUCUAUAUUCUGUAAAGCUAUAUCAGUAGUUCUUCCAGAGCAGGUCUGGUGCCGGCAUGGCACCAAAAAGGUGCUGCCACUAAAUGCACACUACCAGGUCUUUCUCUCAUGGUAUUACUUGACUAUUUUCACACAGCACACCUUAAAGGGGAACUUUUAUCAUAAGCUUUGGAACAUGCUCAGAGAUCAUGGUUGCCCGCAGACGCUGAUCAUAAGUCAGUUUCCUUAAGGUGAUUUAAAACCACAAUUCAGACUUCUCAACAUGCAGUUUAGGGACUGAGUUACAACUGGAGUCUGGAUGUGAGGCUUUAUCAGCUCAGGCAGCAAUACCACACUCACUCCCAGUGCUGAAUAGUGGUGUAAUGACGCCGUGAUAAGUAACUGGAUAAAAACUUAACCUAACUUAAACUGCCAGUGAAGUCCAGAUCCAGCCAGGUUUUAUGAUAUUUAAGUGAGAGAACAUUCUGAAUGUUUAGGGAAUGUAAGGAAAACUGAACACAUAUCAGCGAUGAAAAGCCACCUUUAUCUUUAAACAUCGUCACAAAAAGGGAACAAGAUCCUGAGCAAGAGAUUAGCUGCUUUCCUCUCCACUUGCUAACUAUAAAUCUAAAGUUGUUGUUAAUGUUUAAUAAAGAAAUUAAGAUGAAUUUAUCUGAAAAGGUUUUUUAAGAGAAGCUCUGCAAGACAUUUGUGAUCAAUGAGCAACACUCAACACUAUGAAUAUUAGUGACUCACUCUUUUAGUGACUGUACAAAGAAAGCAAGCAGAGUUUGUAUUAACAUGGCCAGUUAUUUAUUCUUAAUUGGUGACCUGUAACCCGAAUGGAUCAGUGUGUACUGUAAUCCCUCUUUCCUAAAGCAAAUUAAAUGUUUUUGGAACAAA